AUGGGUCUUCAUCGAGAGCUAGGGUGGUCGUUUGACUGCCAUUACUGUCACACCAAUCCAUUGGAUCCGUUAGUCAUUAAUCAUCUGUUGAGACACCGGUUCACACCAUUCAAUGCUCUCAUUGUGUCUCAUCUGCAAAGGUCUCCGCAAUCCAAAAGCAAAUCCAAGAACUCAAAGGACGACAGCCGAAGAAGGAGUUCCAGUGCCAGCAGCGGCUCCCGAAGCAGUCGCAGCGGUUCCCGAAGCAGUUCCAGUGGCUCGCGAAGCAGUUCCUCGAGCUCUGGCUCUUCGCGGUCGAGCGCUUCCCACUCGCGGUCGCCGUCGCGGUCGAGCAGCUCUUCGCGAUCGCGCGGCUCGUCUUCGCGCAGACGUCGCGCGCGCUCUCCGUCACCAAAACGCGUGCGAAAGCCGUCGCCCAGUCCUCGGCCGACGCGUAUUCACGUCGGAAGACUCACCCGAAACGUGACCAAAGAUCACGUGAUGGAGAUCUUCAGCGUCUACGGCAUCGUCCGGAACGUUGAGAUGCCUUUCGACAGAACUCAUCCGCAUUUGAGUCGCGGCUUCGCUUACGUGGAGUUCGAGAAACCGGACGACGCGGACAAAGCCAUCAAAUACAUGGACGGCGGACAAGUGGACGGCCAGGAGGUCAGUGCCACUCCCGUACUGGUGCCCAAACGGCCGCCGUUCUCGGGUCCGCCGCCCCGUCGCGGACCGCCUCCGCAGCAGUGGCGCCGCGAUUCGCCGCCUCGAGGAGGAAGAGGGGGAAGGCGUGGCGGUGGUGGUGGUGGUGGCGGACGAUCUCCUCCGAGGUAUAGAUCGCCGCCGCGUCGGCGCUCGCGAAGCAAAUCCCGUUCCCCGGCUCGCAGACGACGCGACUCCAGUUCCGGUUCUUCGCGCUAAUGCUCGCAUGAAAUGAGUGUCUCAUUCGCACGCAUUCAUCCCAUUCCCUACCAUCCCCUCUCUGUGACCACAACUACUAUAUUAUUUAAUCUCAAUAUUAACGACACAUAAAAAUUAGUGUAAAAAAUGUUUUUAUUUGUGAAUUCGUAUUAAACGUAAAACUUUUUUCACCAAAA